GUGGGUGGGUUUCCAUUUGUUUCCGUGAAAAUGGUGAUAAAAGAGGUCAAGCCUAGGGUCAGGCUAUUUCCUUAUAUACCCUUCUAUUAAAUAAUAAUUACAAUGGUAAUAAUAAUAAUCAGGGGCAAAACCUAUUCUCGCAAUCAAUUUCAAUUUCAUUUUGUAUGCUGGUAAUGGGUGGAGAAGAUGAUGAUCUCCUCGAAAUUCACCACAACGCUUUGACGACAUGGCCAAAAAGACUCUUUAACUCUACCAAUUUUCCAAACCCAAUUUCCAUAAAGGAAUUGUGACUUUGACGACGUUGUUCUUCUUCUUCCUCUGCUCUACUACCAGUGCUUCUGCUGUUGAUCAGCUGUUGCUGCACCUUUGGCUGGAAGAAUUUACCUGUCUUGAUGCUUUGGUUCAAAUGCAUGAGUUAGAAGGCAAAAUGGCAAAAUCAACAGAGAACAAGAAAGUGAGCUUAUUAAGAGUUGUGCAAGAGAGAGCAUCAAUGAAGAAGAUACAGGAAGAGAAAAGAAAGAAACAAGAGAUGCUAGUUCCUUAUCUUCCUAAAGAUUGUAUGACAAACAUCCUUCUACGGCUUCCUCAUGACUCUCUUCAAAGGUCAAGGUUUGUAUGUAAACCUUGGUAUAAUAUCAUUAAUAACACCAAAUUCAUUGAAGACCACCUUUGUCACUCUGAAACUGUUUUAAUCUUUUUAUCAUCUAUUAAGAAAGAAAGUUCACUCUCUUCCAUUCCAUCAAAUCUUCCCAAGAAGCCGAAUGAUAUUUCAAUUGAAAACAAUCUUCUUCAGUCAAAACCUCUCUCACUCUUUCAACAACCAGUUGUUGACCCUGCUCCAAGUUUUUCCAUCCGGUUCCUGGAAUUUAAAGGUGACAAUAGUAAGAUAGGAGAGUACAAUCUACAGAGCAUGGGAAAUAUCAGAGCUGCCUGCAAUGGUCUAAUAUUGCUCGAUAACAAAAUGAAAAAAGGAGGACUAAUAGUCAUGAAUCCAGUGACUAGGAAGAUGAGCACUCUUCCACUAGGUACUCUGUCUUCUCCACGUAGGGAAUCUUAUGCUUUAGCACUAAGUAAUGUUACUGGUGAAUAUAAAAUAGUGCACUUAUUUCGGGAUGACCUGAGGUUUGUCAGUUGUGAGAUCCUGAAUCUUGAAACAAAGCUGUGGAGAGCGAUUGAUGGUCCUUCUUUUGGACUCUUUGGUUGGUUGGGAUACGUCCCUGUUUCUGCAAUUGGAGCUUUGCAUUGGAUUCCUCAGAUUGACCAUAGUGAUUACAUAAUCUCUAUGGAAGUAGACAAGGAAAAGUUUCACCAAGUACCACUUCCAAAACGUUGCAGAACUUAUGACCGGAUUGUCGAGGUGGGUGGCUGCUUAAGUUUCAUCACUCAUCACGAGGAAGUCAGUCAGAUAGACAUUUGGAUCUUGAAAGGUUUAUAUGGGGAAGUCUGGACAUUGCACCAUAGUAUAACUACAGGUAGCAGAUUGGACAUGGUUCCUCUUUGUAGUUUAAGAAUCAAGGGAGAUGUGGUAUUUAAGAGAGAUAAAAAUUGUUCGUUUUACCUGUACGAUUUUGAACUACAAGAGAUAAAAAAAGUUGAGAUGGUGAAGGGAUGUGUUCCAUUUUCUGCUUCAUAUCUGCCUCAUAUCAACAGUCUUGUCUCAUGGUGUAGCAGGGAUGGAGCUCAACUCAAGGAAUAUUGAUUGUAAGUUUGGAACUUCUCUCUUUGAUGCGAUUUUAUGUUUCUUGGUCCAAUUUGAUUUGCCAUAAAUAGCUGUAUGUGCAUAUAAACGUGCUUUUAUGUCAUUUCAUAAUUGGAACCUCUAAUAUUGUUGAUAGCUAGCUUCCUUUGACGGAUAGUAGUGAAUAUAAAGGAAACCCAGAUGAUGAAAUGUUUUAAAAUAAUCAUUUUUCUUUUAACA